AUGACUUCCGGCUGCAACAAUAUAUGGGAGACGAGCGUCCGCGGCUUUCUUGACGGGGUGUGCCAGCCUCUUCUGGAGGAGGAAAUGACUUCAUUUUUCGCUGACUUUGAGGACCAAUUUUCUGAGUAUACAUGGCCCCGACUCAUAUACAGUGCACUACGAGUUCCCGCUUACCAUCUUUACUUUGAAAUUUGUUUGAUUAUUGGAAUUAUCUGGCUUCUCUUCAAGCGUAGCUACAACAUCCAUGACAAAGUCAAGCUUUCUGCAGCGGAGAAAGAAGAGUUGAUCAAAGAGUGGGUACCUGAGCCUCUGGUGCCUGCCUCAUGGACUCCGCCAAAGAAACUUCUCGAGCGGUUCCACAGGGCUUCUGUUGGCCCUAUUGGGAAGUAUGUUCAAUUUGAAGGCGAAUUAGGCGAAGUGACACCUCCCCAUCUUAACGUUGCCAGCCUCAAUUUCCUUGAUUUUAUUGGAGAUGAGAAACUCAACAAAGUUGCCAUUGAGGCGUUAAGGACUUAUGGUCUUGGUGCUUGCGGUCCCCGUGGAUUCUAUGGUACCUUUGAUGCCCACCUCACGUUGGAAAAGGCCAUCGAGUCCUUUCUUGGUGUCGAGGAGGUGGUUCUCUAUUCCUACGCUUUCUCCACCAUCGCCAGUGCCAUUCCAGCCUACGCCAAACGCACAGACCUCAUCUUUGCUGACGAGGGAGUCAGUCAGGCUAUCCAAGAAGGCCUUCGAGCCUCUCGUAGUACUAUCCGCUACUUCCGGCACAAUGAUAUUAACCACCUGGAAGAGCUGCUACUAGCCCAAGAAGCUGAGGAUUCCAAUGAUCUGUCUCGAGCUUCGCAUACUCGACGCUUCCUCGUCGUGGAGGGUCUCUACCUCGAUUACGGUGAUAUCUGCCCACUGUCCCAGUUGGUCGACUUGAAGUACAAGUACAAAGUUCGAAUUAUUUUGGAUGAAUCCAUCUCUUUCGGUGUCCUUGGAAAGGCUGGACGUGGCGUGACUGAACACUUCGGAAUCAAUGUGGAGCAUGUGGACAUCAUAACAAGUCGGUUCCUUUUCCGCAUUUGUGAAAUUGAGGGGAGGCUCUUAGUUCUGAGAGAUUAUGAGAAGGGAAAUACGCAGGGCGGGGCGGUAUCCUCUCUUUCUCACUCCCUCUCACCCUCAAGUGCGAUAUGCGAUCUCCUCACAGAUGAAUCUUUUCGUACAAGCGCUCGGGCGCAUCGUAUGCUAGCCGGCUUUCAGCAAGUGAACACUCAUGUCUGCCAUCCACCACAUGCACUCGAGGCACUGUCUUCCGGUUAA